AUGGCCAGAGACGCCAGUCCCCUGAGCCUGACAUCCUUGCCCACAGAGCCCAAGUUGUGGGGCGUACCCCUAGGGUUUGUCUUUCCAUCCUUUCCAUGGUGUUCCCUCCUUUUCUGCUUUCUUAUAUCAUUCUCAACGGCCACUGCCAGUUUACCUGGCAUUGAAUACGACUAUGGUAUCAGCCCUAAAUUUGUUUGCACCCCAAUCCCACCGGAGGCGGACCCCAGCUGCUAUUCUCCACCAAGCGUACCACAUGGUCCUAGCACCAACGGGCACAGCAAUGGACACAAUGGCAGCAGCCGGCGAGGGGUAAUGUCUGACGAGGCCAAAGCCACCAUCCUGCACCUCCGCGAGAGCCUGGUCAGGCAGAAGGAAACCAUCUUGGACCAGCGUGAGACCAUCAGGGAACUGACAGCCAAGCUCACCUUGUGUGAGGGCUUUGGUGGGCACCACAGCGUCGGUCAUCAUGACAACCACCACGACAGCCACCAUGAUGACCACCACGGGCACCACGGGCACCACCCACCAUCGUCGCCAUCAUCAUCGUCACACCACGGGCCAUCAUCUCACCAUGAAAACGACCACCACUACCCACACAAUGGCCACCGGUUGGACCCUCACCACAGGAAGGGUGUGUCCUAUGUUAAGCACAGCUCCUUUUCAGUGGAACAGACAGGGAAGACUCUGCAGACACUCAAGGAGAGGCUGGAGAACCUCCAGGCUAGGAACUCCUCCAGUUCCUACUCCAGCUCGUUGAGGGACCUCCUUCAGAGGAAAAUCAAUGCUCUAGAGGAGCAGCUGCACAAUCAUUACAGAGGUCACCACGACUAUGGUCACCACGAAGAGCACCAUGGUCACCAUGACAACCACCACGGUCAUCACGACGACCACCACAACGAGCACAAUAGUAGCGGCCACCAUGAUGCACACAACAACAACCGUCAUGGUAACGGUCACCAUGAAAACCACCACGAUGACCACCACAGCACUGGUCACCAUGAAAACCACCACGACGAUGAUGACCACCAUAAUGACCACCAUGACAACAGCCACCAUGAUGAUCACCAUAGCAACGGCCACCAUGAUGACCACCACAACAUUGGUCACCAUGAGGACCACCACAAUGACCACCACUACAACCAUGGCCACCAUGAAGAUGCUCCGCAUGCGGGCUCUGGACACAGCAAGCUGGACACUGUGCUCAGCCACCUGCACCACAGGAAUACUGACCCCGGGAACCACAAGAAGCCUAAGAACCCUGACGCUUUCCAGAUCGGCUUUCCCAUGAGGACCAACUACAUGCAUGCCAGGAUGAAGAGGUCCAUCGUCAACGAGAUCUUUGCCCUGACCGUCUGCCUGUGGCUGAGAGGAACGUCAGGCCCCGGACUCGGCACGCCGUUUUCCUACUCAAUACCCGGACAGGCCAAUGAACUGGUCCUCAUCGAAUGGGGAAGCAACCCCAUGGAGCUGCUUAUCAAUGACAAGGCGGUGACGUUGCCCAUGACUAUGACCGAUGGGAAGUGGCACCACGUGUGUGUGACAUGGUCGACAAGGGAUGGCCAGUGGGAGGCCUACCAGGAUGGGGUGAAGAAGGGCUCAGGAGUGAAUCUGUCUGCCUGGCACCCCAUCAAACCAGGAGGGAUCUUUAUCAUGGGACAGGAGCAGGACACUCUGGGAGGCCGCUUCGACGCCACCCAGUCCUUCGUGGGAGAAAUGUCUGAUCUCCAGUUCUGGUCCCGGGUGCUGACCCCCAGUGAGAUUUACAGCCAGGCCAGCUGUGGAGGCCACCUCACCGGGGACGUCAUAUCCUGGUCUGAGGCCACUGUGGAGCUCCAUGGUGGUAUCACCAAGUACCCCUUUGACCCCUGCCACUGA